AUGGAAGAAGAGUACUUUCAAGGCGAGGUUUGUGGAGGAAACUGGUGGAAUUCAUCCAGAAAUAUAUUUGGUUCUUCCCUUUGUUCAUCCAAUAUCAAUGAAAUCGCAAACUUUGAAUGUCCUAAUGACAUGAUUAUGGACAUAAAUACAAGGUCUAACGAUGACUCAAGUUCGCCUUCUGAUGGCUCUAUAGUACUCCAAGAUGUUCAAAAACCUCAGCAACCAGACUCAGAAUUUAUUACCAAUGGCAACAUAUCGAUUGGUUCAACCCUGCAAAUGAUGGGUUUUGAAAUUUCAUCAUCAACACCUGAUCAUAUGAACCAAGAUUUAUUCUAUGAAAAUGGAAGAAUAUCUCAGGGAAAUUGUGCUCAUAUACUACAAGAAAACCUGAAUUCCAGCAUCAAUUAUCUGCCCCAAACUGGGGCAAUGAACAGCUACCAAUCUCCUACAAGUUACCGGAUGAAUGAAUUUUCACCUUAUUUGCCCCAACUCUCUCCCUUGAUAAAGCCUUCAUUGCCAAAUAAACAACCUGCAGAUCAUUUACGGUUCUAUCAUAACACACCCUUGUUGAAUGCCAAGGCUGCAUCUGUGAAUGAUGUUCGAGCAAGUUUACUCCAUUCAACACAAUCCGACUUCCCUCCAUCAAAUAUCCACGCGGAACCUAAUCUUCACAAGGGUGUCCAUAGAGAAACUCGAGGGUUAAGCUCAGUGGCAAAGAAAACUAGCAGCGAACCAGCAUUAAAGCGUUCGCGAAUUGAAACACCAUCGUCAUUACCAACCAUUAAGGUCCGAAAAGAGAAGCUUGGGGACAGAAUCACUGUCCUCCAACAGUUGGUUUCACCUUUCGGAAAGACUGAUACUGCUUCAGUUCUCCAUGAAACAAUUGAAUAUAUCAAGUUUCUUCAUCAUCAAGUCAGUGUAAUAAGCACUGCCUACAUGAAAAAUGGAUCAUCUGUAGAACAUCAACAGGCUGCCGAUGAAUAUCCUGCCAAUGGAGGGUCAAAACAAGACCUAAAAAGCCGAGGACUUCGCCUUGUGCCAAUAUCAAGUACUUUCCCAGUUGCUGCCGAGACUGCAACUGACUUCUGGACGCCUACCUUUGGAGGAACAUUCAGGUAG